AGCUCCAAAAUGCGUUCUUAUUCAUCGUAUUUUAAGAAUAUUAAUUUACAAUGUUCAGAAUACUACUCCACAAGAAUGGACAAGCGGAAAGAAUUUCAGACUUACCAAUUAUAUUUGUCUUGGAACUUUUCUUUGGGCUUGA